CGAGAGCGGUUCCGGGGCGGGCGGUGUAGGGGCCGCGGCCAUGGUGCGCCGGCAGAAGGCGAAAGCGGCGGCCGCGGGCAAGCGCAGGGCUCCCGCCGCGGUUCCCAGCCCGGCCUCCUCCUCGGAGGACGAGGCCCCGGAGGAGGUGCCCUUCGGCGUGGCGAGGGAGGCGGCCGAGGCCGAGCGGAAGCUCGUGGGGGAGGCGGCCCGGAGGCACCGGGAGCUGUUGAAGGAGAAGCGGCGGCGGCACCAGGAGCUGUUCGCGGAGCAGAAGAAGCGCAGGCUGCUGCCCGAGGCCGUGCUGCAGGAGCUGCAGGAUGUGUCCGCACGGCCCGCUGAGCAGGCUGCGGCAGAUGACCCAGGUGAAGAACUUGAGGCUGGGGCUGUACAGCUGGAGCAAGGCCAGGCCCAAAGGCAAGGCCAAGGUGAAGUGCAGCAGAAGAAAGGCAAGAGGAGCAAGGGUGCCAGGGAUUUGCAUCUCUCUUUUACUAGGACAAAAGGGAACUACAUGGCUGUGUGCUUGAAAGACCACAGUGUAGCAGGCCUCCACCAACAGCUGGCCAAAGACUUCCUAAAUGCUCAGCUCUAUGGGCCACACACCAACCGGGUACCGGCAAAUGAAUUUUUUUCCCUUGCCAACAAGAGAGCCCCAGUCAAAAAAGCUGCAGUUCAGUUUGUGGACAAGUCUUGGGGGCAAGAUAAAAAGGAAAAAGCAGCAAGGUUUAAGAAACGUUGGCUGGCGCCACAGAUUAAAAAUGGACUAUGAAGACAGCUUUUUCAGAAGAUGCUGCUAAGGACUUUAGUGACAGUUAAUCUCAGCACAACAGAGGUGUUUCUCCCCAUUUCACCAUCACUUUGCUUUCAGCUCCAGCCAGCAGAAGGCACCAAGCUGUGCCUCAUCAGACUUCCCUGUUCUCUCCUCUCCCCUUUCAGAAGUUCUUGGGGAAGCUACAGAGCAGCCAGGCCAGUGUUGUAGAACAGCUACUGCUAGGACCAGGCUUGCUGAGCUGCCUCCAUGAGGCAAUGCCUUUGCAGAGAAUAAAGAUGAGCAAUGUUGUACCUAC